AUGUUGCGUCAAUACUUGAGUAUCUGUCAACCAGAGUCAAUACAUGGCUGGCCUCAUGGUCGAUGGAACCCUGAAGAUGGAGUCGAUCAUGACAUAGUAAAGCGUCUUCUUCUGAUGAGAUGGACAGACCCAGAUCUUGGUAAAGUAAAUACUCGCGAAAUUACUGUGCUCCACUUUACAGCACAUUGGUCGCUCGAUAAGCAGCUUCAAGUCAACCAAAUUGAAUAA